AUGAAGCAGCUUUUGGGAGACAACGUUUCCGCAGCCGGUGACCGAUUCCUGCACGAACUUUGCAUGCAAUGCCUGCCAACUAACGUCCAAAUGGUUCUGGCCACCGCAUCGAACCUACCCCUGGACGAGCUGGCUUCCCUUGUUGACGCGGUCAUGGAACUCGUCUCACCACACCAUGUCAGCGUUCUUGAGCGUCCGUCGGCUUUACAGGACGCCACUCCUCCGCCACAGGCCGAUCAUCGUUCUCUCCCUUCUCCACCCGACAUUCAGGUGAUGGCGCAGCAGAUCAGCCACCUCACGCAGCUUGUCGCGUCACUUGUCACCCGCCCGCGAUCCCCAAGUCCGCGCCGCCCUCGACACCGCCGAGGCCCCCCGUCAGAACGCCGAUCGCGCUCUCGGUCGGACAGUUCAGGUGGCCUCUGCUGGUACCACCAUCGCUUUGGUGCAAACGCCAAUCAUUGCCUGCUUCCUUGUACCUGGACGGGAAACCCGCCGGCCUCCCACUAA